AUGCGGAGGCAAUUCUUAAUAUUUUUAUUAAGUUCAUGUGUGUCAAAUGCAUUUCAAUUAACUAAGUUUUUGGAUUAUUGGACAGACUUAUUCCGUCCACUCCCUCGUAAUACCAAAGAAGGAUUCGUACCUGACUACAGUCCUGAAAAUUUAGAAGAGUUUGAUUUUAUUAUAGUCGGCGCUGGCUCUGCGGGCUGUGUUCUUGCAAAUCGACUGACGGAAAUUCACGACUGGAAAGUUUUACUUCUAGAGGCGGGGGGAAACGAAAACUUUUUUUCCGAUAUUCCAAUAUUUGCGCCUUUCCUCUCCCUAACCCCAAUGAACUGGGGAUAUAAUUCAGAACCAGAAAAAAGGGCAUGUAAAGAUCUCAGAGGAAAAGUUUGUUUCAUGCCUCGAGGCAAAGUCCUUGGCGGAAGCAGCGUAUUGAACUUUAUGAUAUAUCAAAGGGGUCAUCCCGAAGAUUAUAAUGAUUGGGCUCGGAUGGGCAACGAAGGUUGGAGUUACUCGGAAAUUCUUCCAUAUUUCAAAAAGUCUGAAAAUAUAAGAAUUAAAGCUUUAAAAAAUUCAACAUAUCACGGUACAGGCGGUUACUUAGACAUUGAUUACGCAUCGUUCUCAUCUCCACUUGAAACUGCGUUCAAAGAAGCAGGUGAACAACUUGGCUAUGAGUGGAAUGAUCCGAACGGAGAAAAAGUAAUAGGAUUUUCUAAGCCCCAAGCAACCUUAAGAAAAGGUAGACGAUGCAGCACAUCAAAGGCAUUUUUAGAACCUGUAAGAUUCAGGAAAAACUUGAAAAUUUCAAAAUACUCAACUGUAAUGAAAAUACUGAUUGAUCCAAAUGCCUACCAAGCAUAUGGCGUUGAAUUUGUUAAAGGAAACAGAAGGCGACAAGUUAUAGCUCGACGAGAAGUAAUUCUGGCGGCUGGCACUAUCGGCUCGGCACAAAUACUAAUGUUAUCAGGGAUAGGACCGGAGGACCAUCUUAAAGAAAUAGGCAUCGACCCUAUUGUAAAUCUACCUGUGGGCUAUAAUCUCCAAGAUCACAUCACGUUCUCAGGAAAUGCGUUUAUAGUUAACGAUUCAAACCUAUGCGUUAAUGACCUUACAGCUGCAUCACCAUUAUCAGCGGCAGCUUAUUUAACAGGAAGAGGUCCCUUAACCGUUCCCGGUGGUGCCACUGGCAUAGCAUUUAGUCAAACAUCUAUCGCUACUGAUCUAUCUCAUGGACGCCCUGAUAUAGAACUUGUGAUGGGUGCCGGAUCACUUGCUGGAGACCUAUUGGGCAUAUUACGAUCACUACUUGGUGUUACAGACCAGUGGUACUGGAAAGUAUAUGGCUCCCUACCGCCCGAAGUUAGACAACGCACCUUUGCUAUAAACCCAGUGCUGAUUCGACCUCGUAGCGUCGGGCGAUUGAUGCUACGAAGCUCGAACUUCUCAGACCAUCCGAAGAUACAUCCGAAUUAUUUCGACCAUCCCGAUGACAUUCGUACAUUAAGGGAAGGUGUACGCUUGGUGGAAGAUGUUAUCGCUACAAAAGCCUUUCAACGCUUCGCCACACGACUCCAUAGCGUUCCGUUUCCUGGAUGUGAAGAGUUUAUAUUUGAUUCGGAUGAUUACUGGGAAUGCGCUAUUAUGCAGACUUCAAUCACUCUGGAUCAUCAAGUUGGCACUUGUAAAAUGGCACCAGCUGGUGAUCCCACAGGUGUAGUUUCUCCGAGGUUAUUGGUUCAUGGCGUGCAAGGUCUACGAAUAGUUGAUGCAUCGAUAAUGCCACGUAUUCCGGCUUCACAUACUCUAGCACCAGUGGUAAUGAUAGCCGAGAAAGCAGCAGAUUUAUUAAAAGAAGAUUGGGGACGCUAUAGUCAAUUAUAA